AUGGCGAUAGAUCUCUACUCUGAUAAUUCCGGUGCUACAACGACGAGUCCUCGAAUUUCUUUCUCGUAUGAUCUCUCUCAAUCUGAUACUGUUCCAGUUGAACAGCUUUUCCGAUCGUUUUCAUCUGCUAGCGUCGAUUUCAAUUUCUGCGUUCAGGAAAACUCCGACAACCACCACGCGUCAAUGGCGGACGAGCUUUUCUCCGACGGGAAAAUCCUCCCAGCCCAAAUUAAACCAAACACCGACAUAAACAAACGUACGCCACCUCCACCGCGUCCGGAAAACCAAAAGCCACGAUCUCUUCCGCUGCCUCCGCCGGAAGACGAGGAGUUAAAUUUAAAACAACAAAAUUCGAAAUCGUUUUGGGGGUUUAAGAGGAGUAGCAGUUGCGGGAGUGGAUACGCUCGGAGUUUAUGUCCAAUUACUCUGCUAUCUCGAAGCCAUUCAACGGGAUCUUCAACUAGUUCGAAACGAUCAUCGUCUUCAAAAGAGGGUUUCAAUCAAAAACACCAACGAAAUAUCCAGAAGCCUUUGAUUUCUCAGAAACCUCCAUUGAGGAAAACGAGUUACGGGUAUGGAAGCAAUUCCACCAGUACCACUACCAGCAAUGGAGUUCGGGUCAGUCCAGUUCUGAAUCUGGGAUUUGGAUCGUUCUUCUCAUCUAACAAGAACAAAAACAAGAAGUGA